UAGUUUGUAUUUUUAACUUCUCUCACUCUAUCUCUACAGUGUUUAUGUGAUCCGAAAAUUCUGUGUUGUGUGCUCAAGUUUCCAUUCUGCAUGCAAGAUUUCAGGUGGGUAUUUUGAGGAGUAGCCAUUGGAAGUGAAAUGAAGCUCCUUUAUAACCAGCUUUUGUUUUGUGUGGUUGUUUUCAAAUGGUUGUGCUGUUUUACUCACAACCAUUUUGUUGCAACAGAAACAAAACCACAGGUCUAGAAUGAGAAUUCAGCUUGUUUUGUCACUGGUUUUCUUAGUUUUGACACCUGUUUUAAGUGUCACUGAUCCUGGAGAUGUUGAUAUCCUGAACCAGUUCAAGAAGAACUUGGAGAAUCCAGAGCUCUUGCAGUGGCCUGAAAAUGGUGACCCUUGUGGCCCUCCAAGUUGGAAACAUGUGUUCUGUGCUAAUUCAAGGGUUACUCAGAUUCAAGUUCAGAGUGUUGGGUUGAAAGGUCCUUUGCCUCAGAACCUGAACCAGCUUUCCAAGCUAGAAAAUCUUGGUUUGCAGAAGAAUCAGUUUAAUGGGAAGUUGCCAAGUUUUGGGGGCUUAUCAAGUCUGAAGUUUGCAUAUUUAGACAAGAAUGAAUUUGAUUCCAUUCCUGCAGAUUUCUUUGAUGGUCUUGUGAGUUUGGAGAGCUUGGCAUUGGAUGAUAACAAUUUUAAUGCUACUACAGGGUGGUCUUUUCCUGAGGGGUUGAAAGAUUCAGUACAAUUGUCUAAUCUCUCUUGUAUGAAUUGUAAUUUGGUUGGCCAUUUGCCAGAUUUUCUUGGAGGGCUUUCUUCUUUGCGAAACUUGAAACUUUCAGGAAAUAGUUUGUCAGGUGAAAUUCCAGGGAGCUUUAAAGACUUGAACUUGGUGAAUCUUUGGCUGAAUGAUCAGCAAGGUGGUGGACUGAGUGGUCCAACUGAUGUGGUGGCCAAUAUUGUUUCACUUCAGACUCUUUGGCUUCAUGGGAACCAGUUCAUAGGAAAAAUUCCAGAAAAUAUUGGUAAUAUAACUGCCUUGAAAGAUCUUAAUUUAAAUAGUAACAAACUUGUUGGCCUUAUUCCUCCAAGCUUAGCAAGUAUGCCAUUAGACAAUUUAGAUUUGAACAAUAACAUGUUAAUGGGUCCAAUCCCUGAGUUUAGUGCAAAUAAGUCUUCUUUUAGUUCAAAUCCAUUCUGUCUACCGACUCCAGGGCCUUGCGCCCCGGAAGUUAUGGCUCUUAUCGAGAUCCUUGAUGGGUUAAAUUACCCUCAGAGGCUUGUUGCUUCAUGGUCUGGCAAUAAUCCUUGCACAUGGUUUGGAUUGGGUUGUGAUCACAAUAAUAAGGUUAAUGUUUUGAAUUUGCCUGGUAGUAAUCUUAGUGGCACACUGAGUCCUUCAGUUGCAAAGUUAGAUUCUCUUACUCAGAUUAGACUUCAGUCUAAUAAUCUUAGGGGUGCUAUUCCAAUGAACUGGACUAGUUUGAAAUCUUUAGCAUUGUUGGAUCUCAGUAGAAACAACAUUUCCCCUCCGCUGCCUAAAUUCAGUGAUUCUGUGCAUCUAGUAAUGGAAGGGAAUCCUUUAUCGAAUAUGAAUCAGUCCAGGACAAUUCCCGGAGGUAGUCCAUCCAGGAGUUCAGGUUUAUCUGACGACCCAUCUGCUCCAACCAAAGGCUCAAAUUCUGGUGCUGUAACUUCUUCAGUUGAACCAACCAAACCAAAAAGCUCCAAAAGAGCUGUUUUGGUAGCAAUUGUAGCUCCGGUUGUUAGUGUUGCAGUUGUUGUUCUUCUGGCAGUUCCUCUAUACACCUAUUGCCGUAAGAACAGAAAAGACACCUUGCAGGCUCCAAGUUCUCUUGUAAUUUACCCAAGAGAUCCAUCUGAUUCAGAUAAUAUGGUUAAGAUUGUUGUUGCUAAUGAAAGCACUUCAACAGUAACUGGGAGUGGUUCUGCUAGUAUAAGCAGUAGUGGGAUUGGUGACUCUCAUGUCAGUGAAGCUGGAAAUCUGGUAAUAUCAGUUCAAGUUCUUCGAAAUGUGACUAAGAAUUUUGCUUCAGAGAAUGAGCUCGGCCGUGGAGGUUUCGGUGUAGUUUACAAGGGAGAGCUGGAUGAUGGAACUAAAAUAGCUGUGAAAAGAAUGGAAGCUGGUGUCAUUAGCAGCAAAGCCCUGGAUGAGUUCCAGGCUGAGAUAGCUGUUCUUUCAGAGGUCCGACAUCGUCACUUGGUAUCUUUGUUGGGUUAUUCCAUUGAAGGCUACGAGAGAAUUCUUGUUUAUGAGUAUAUGCCUCAAGGAGCUCUAAGUAAGCAUCUGUUCCACUGGAAGAGCUUAAACUUGGAGCCUCUCUCUUGGAAAAGGAGGCUAAAUAUUGCCUUAGAUGUUGCCAGAGGGAUGGAGUAUCUUCACACUCUAGCUCACCAGAGUUUCAUACAUAGAGAUCUUAAAUCUUCAAAUAUCUUACUUGGGGAUGAUUUCAGAGCAAAAGUUUCGGACUUUGGGUUGGUGAAACUUGCUCCCGAUGGUGAGAAAUCUAUCGUCACAAGGCUUGCUGGGACUUUCGGAUACUUGGCACCAGAAUAUGCUGUGACAGGAAAGAUCACAACAAAAGCUGAUGUUUUCAGUUUUGGGGUUGUGUUAAUGGAGCUCUUGACAGGAUUGAUGGCUCUUGAUGAGGACAGGCCCGAGGAAAGCCAGUACUUGGCUGCAUGGUUCUGGAACAUAAAAUCAGACAAAGAGAAGCUGAGGGCUGUUAUUGACAGGGCCUUAGAUGUGAAAGAUGAAACAUUUGAAAGUAUCUGCACUAUUGCUGAACUUGCUGGACACUGCACCACAAGGGAACCCAGUCAACGGCCAGACAUGGGGCAUGCCGUGAAUAUACUAGCACCACUUGUUGAAAAAUGGAAACCAUUGUAUGAUGAUCCAGAAGAUUAUUGUGGCAUCGAUUACAGCCUACCCUUGAACCAAAUGGUGAAGGACUGGCAGGAAGCUGAAGCGAAGGACAUAAGUUAUAUGGACCUAGAAGACAGCAAAGGUAGUAUCCCAACAAGACGAACUGGUGUUGCAGAAUCUUUCACUUCUGCCGAUGGUCGGUAAAAAAGGUAUUUUGAUGGCUUUCCUAGACACAAUACUUCUUUCGGUAGUUGUAGAUAUAACAUAAUUCCAUUCUUCCUGUUUGAGAAUUCAAUGUCAAUAUGUUGUUGUAGUGUUGAUUAAGAUGGAGACUUUAGAUAUUCUGUUGUGAGAAUUUACAUGCAAUACUGAUGUUGAUAGGGAGCUCCGAUGAAUGAGAAGUGUUUAUCAACUGUAAAUUCAUUCCUAUA